GUGUUUUUGGCGCUGAAGACAGAGCUCACUUGAAGGCUAAAGUGAAGGGGUCUGCUCACAGGGAGUUAACGAGUAAGCCAGUAGUUAAUCUUCUCCCGCAGUGCAAAAAAAGAAUAAAGCAAAAGUAAUAAAGUUGGAGACCGAACACCGGUCUUACAAGCCGCAGCGUAGCACAUUGUGAAGACAGGGGACUCCGAGGAAACAAGUUUUCUGCCGAUAUGGACCUUACAAAGUUUUCCAAGAAGCUCUGGUCUGCGCGCCAACAGCUUAUUCUGAUUCUUGCUCCGCUUCUGUUGCUUCCUCUGCUCUUCGUUGUGCCGCCAAAGGAGGGGAAAUGUCUGUAUGUAGUGCUGCUGAUGGCAGUGUAUUGGUGUACUGAGGCUCUACCUUUGGCCGUAACUGCCAUGCUUCCCGUCUGCCUUUUUCCCACAAUGGGAAUCCUGUCUUCUAAGAAGGUCUGUCCGCAGUACUUUCUUGAGACUAACUUCCUGUUCCUUAGCGGCUUAGUGAUGGCAUCCGCUAUAGAGGAAUGGGGCCUUCAUCGGCGUAUUGCCCUCAAGGUCUUGAAGAUUGUGGGAGUGAAACCUGCCUGGCUGAUUUUGGGGAUGAUGAUAACUUCCUCUUUCCUGUCAAUGUGGUUGAGCAAUACAGCCACAACAGCCAUGAUGCUGCCCAUUGCUAACGCCAUACUGGAAAGUCUGUUCGGGAAUCUUGAAACACUAAAAGAGAAAUGCAAAGUCAAGAAAGACUUAGAAGGUGAAGAUUCUCAGUUGAAGAUGUAUGUGCUGCCCUCUGAGAAACAGAUACUGACCACGGUGGACAGGCCUGAUGUGACAGAGAGGUCAGAUCAACAAAAUCUAGAAGAGGUCAGAAGAGAGGCAGAAUAUCAGAUAAAAGUGUGGAAAGGAUUUCUUAUCUCUAUACCUUAUGCUGCAAGCAUUGGGGGAACAGCCACCCUCACGGGCACUGCUCCAAACCUGAUCCUGGUGGGACAGCUAAAGAGCUCCUUCCCUGAAUGCGACCUCAUUAACUUCGGCUCAUGGUUUGUCUUCGCCUUCCCCCUCAUGUUCCUUUUCCUCAUUCUGGGUUGGAUCUGGAUUUCUUUCCUCUACGGGGGGCUCAAUACAAGGCUGUGUGUUAAUAAACAUGACGAACGUGAGGCCGCGGAAGCAAAAGCCAAUGCAGUUAUUGAUGAGGACUACAAAAAAUUGGGCCCUAUAAAGUUUGCAGAAGGAUCCAUUACUUUCUUUUUCAUUCUUUUUGCCGUUCUUCUGUUUACCCGAGAUCCAAAAUUUGUAACAGGGUGGUCGGUUUUCUUCAACAAAGGCUAUGUAUCUGACGCUGUUACUGGAGUAAUAAUCAUCUCCAUCCUCUUCUUCUUUCCAUCUCAGCGUCCAUCUCUACGCUGGUGGUUCGAUCCGAGAGCCUCAUACACCGCGUAUGUGCCUCUGUUGUCAUGGAGAAAAGCUCAGGAGUGUGUACCGUGGAAUAUUAUUUUGCUGCUGGGUGGUGGAUUUGCAAUGGCCAAAGGCUGCGAGGAGUCAGGGUUGGCGGUAUGGAUUGGGAGCCAUUUGCAGCCUCUCGCGCAAGUCCCUCCGCCAGUCGCUGUUAUUCUCAUCACAGCCUUCAUCGCCUGCUUCACUGAGAUUGCCAGUAACACUGCAACCAUCAUCAUAUUCCUUCCUGUCAUUGCCGAGCUGGCCAUCCGUGUGAAAGUCAAUCCACUGUACUUCAUGAUUCCAGCGACGACGGGAUGCUCAUAUGCUUUCAUGCUUCCUGUGUCUACACCACCCAACUCAAUCGCGUUUGCAUCGGGACACCUGCUGGUUAGAGAUAUGGUGAAAACUGGAUUUGUGAUGAACAUUCUGGGAAUUAUGUGUGUGGCUCUGGCUAUGAACACAUGGGGUCUUAAGAUGUUCAAUUUACACACGUAUCCUGAUUGGGCGAGACCUUUAAACCCUACGUCAGCAGCAGUGCCUACACAUUCUAUAUUAGCUAUGAAUAUGACAGGCUAGAGAACCCCCCCCCCACACUCACAGAGCACAGCAUAUGCACAAUAUACAUAUGAAGAGUAUAUUUCCAAAAUGAGAUAACUCCAUUUAAAAAACAUUUCAAUUAACAUCAAAUCAAACUGCAGUUGGUUUGUUUUUAUUAAAGCCAUAAUAACAAAUAAAUACAUUUAACUAACACACAUUAAAAAACAAUAAAAACUGUCAUGAUCCUGCCUUACUUUGUCAUGCUUUUCUUGUAUUGUGGCAGAAUCAUGACAGUCCCACAUGUUUUGUGUGAAAGCGAAUGGUCAUUGUUUUUUAUGAUGGCCUUGCGCUCUCCUUUUGUGGUUUGUCCUCCCUCCCUCGUUUCCUUGUUUAUCUUCCCGCCAGUAUUUCAUUUCCCACACCUGCCUAUUGUAAUUAUCCCAUGUUAGUUCCCCUUCUUAAUCGCCUUGUGUUUGCUGCUCUGUGCUAUCUUGUUUUGGUUGCUUAGUUUGCUUUGCUCUACCUAGUUGUUAUACUUACUGUACCUUGUGUCCUAGUUCUGUAUUCCCAGUCUAGUCUGGUUCUUUAAAAGUGUUUAGUUUUGUUAUCCUAGAUACUCUUGUUUUUGCCCCCUCAUGGAAAUCUUUGUUUUCAAGUGUUCAUUGUUCAGUGACUGUUUUACCCCAUUGUGGGUCUUUUGUUUUGUUUAAAUAAUGUUUGAGUUUUUGUACCUGCCGCCUGCACCUGGGUGCUAUUACCUGACGUCCCUGACAAAAAACAUGAUUACAUAAUAAAAACAUGAGUUAUCACAUUUUGGAACCAAACUCUUCAUAAGAUGAAGCAUGUGCUCAUUUAGUUCAUUACAGAUUUUGUAUAGGCCUACAUGUAGAUAUGAGACUGAAACAAAUGGAGAAGCUGCUGAAAUUUUCCUCUAAGGAUGGAUUAACACAUGCUCAUGACCUCACUUCCUGUUCAGCACUGCCAACCUCGAAGGCAUUUUGGGAUAACAAUUUAAGAUGUUUUAAAUAUUUAAUGUUUAUAUAUGUUGAUCAACACAAAUGUUUUAUUAAAUCUCAUUAUUAAAACGUGAGCAUCUGUUUGUAGAUUAUAAAUUUGUAUUAUUAAUAAUUCAUUUAUGUGAAUUAUUUUGUAAAUUUGUUGUAAAUGUACUGUAUGUAUCUUAAUGUAAUAAACAACUGUGUAACUUG